AUGCAUCCAUCUUCUAUCCUUCCUUCCUUCCUCUUCUUGGUCGCUCCUACCCUCGCCAGCACAACAUAUGGCUGCUGGUCAGACAGAUCCCAAAAGUUCCACAAGGACUGCAUGGUUGCUGCCUCCGGAAUAGUUCUGCAACAAACCGGAACCGAUGAUAAUGCCUGGGUUCCGCCAAACAUCAUCACCCAGUCCUGGGGUUCCUGCACUGCCAAGCUUCGCGGAAGCGGUAGCGGUAACGUCGUACCAGCGAUUGCCUUGAUUUCUUCUUUCGAACAAUUGGGUUCUAAAUGUCAGAACGGAUACUUUUACUACGAUUCGGGGUUUAUCAAUGCUGAAUUGAAUGGUAAAAGCGGGUGGAAGAGAGAUGCACCUGCCACCGAGAUAGAACUCGAAACUACAUGGAAUACAACAGAAUCAAUCCCUCACUACGAAUCAAAGGAGCCGGAAUGGCUUUCCUCGCGGCGCCAUGGAAAGGAAGAGGAAGAGGAACCGUCAACUAGAAGCAAGCUCACAAAGCGUGCCAAUGGGAGAUUCAUCACAUCUUUGACCGGUCGUGCGGGUACCUUUCAACUUUAUCGCGGAGCACAAACCAUAACUGGUCCUCACCCAGGAGCAGAUGUCCUUGUUGUUGAUAUGUAUAACGUCGUUCUUGACCUCGUUGAUGGCGCCUUGACGAAUACUGGGAAAUACCUCCUGCGCACGGGUAUCGACGUUACAUCCGGGUCGACGGUCAAUGUUCUCGCCCUGGCAGUACAGUUGGGUGGCAAGUAUUCUAGCUGGCAACAGAUGUUCAAUUCCUUUGGAGAUGGUGGUGAUUUGGCUCGAGGCUUGAUCAAUUCGGCUGUUGUUAAUUGGGAUGGAGAACAGUUGACCGCUGGUGUUUAUCAUAUCUAUGAUAGAUUCAACGAUGUUGUAUUCUCGUUGAUUUUGAAUGGUGUUACUGGAACCACUGGGGGUUUCCCGACUAAAUAG